AUGAGAUUAAUUUUGUUAACUUUGUCCUUCGUUUUAUCAUUGGUUUUAUCAUUACCAACAACUCCUAAAGCUCCUAGUGAAGAUGAUUUUUAUAUAGCUCCAGAUGACAUAGAAAAUUAUAAACUUGGAGAUAUUAUUAGAUAUAGAAAUACUCCAGCUCAAUUAAGAGGUAUAAUUUUCCCAAUAAAUAUUAAAAACUCAUGGCAAUUACUAAUUCGAUCUGAAGAUUCUUUUGGUAAUCCAAAUGCAUUUGUAUCAACCAUAAUGGAACCUUAUGAUGCUGAUCCAAAUAAAGUUAUUAGUUAUCAAACUUUUGAAGAUAGUACUAAUUUAGAUUGUUCAGCUUCUUAUGGAUUUUUAUAUGGUGCUUCAAUGUCAACAUUUAAUACUCAAAUAGAUAUGACUCUUAUAACAUUGGCUUUACAAAAGGGUUAUUAUGUUGUUUCACCAGAUUAUGAAGGUUUUAAAUCAACAUGGACCGUUGGUAGACAAUCAGGGUAUGCAACUUUGAACUCGAUUCGCGCUACUUUAAAAUCUGGUAACUUAACCGGUAUAAAUUCAGAUGCUAAGGUCGCUAUGUGGGGGUACAGUGGUGGUAGUCUUGCUUCUGGUUGGGCUAAUGUUUUUUUAAAUUCAUACGCCCCAGAAAUUGAAGAUAAGGUAAUUGGCACUGCAUUAGGUGGAUUUUUCACAAACGUUACAGCUAUGUUCGAAGUCGUUGAUGGUGGAAUAGCCGCUGGUUUAACUCCUAUUGCAUUAACGGGUUUAACUAAUGAAUAUCCAAAUAUAACUGAUUUAUUAUAUCAAAAUGUUGGACCAAAUCAAAGAGUAAAUAUAGAAGAUGCAAAAAAUCAUUGUUUAAUAGGAUCACUUAUAAAAUAUUUUGAUGCUAAUAUAUUCUCUGGUAAUAAUCCUUCAAUACCAGGGGGGUUUGAAGUGUUGAAGAUACCAGCUAUUAAUCAAGUAAUUCAGGAAAAUUGUUUAUUAAAUUUAGAUGUAUCAAAAUAUAAACCAACAACUCCAGUAUUUAUAUAUCAAGGUACACUAGAUCAAAUUCUUCCCAUAAAAGAUUCUAAAAAGGCAUAUCAACAAUGGUGUGACGCUGGCGUUUCAUCAGUUGAAUUUGCUGAAGAUUUAUUAAAUGGUCAUAUUACAGAAUAUCUUGUUGGAGCCCCAGCUGCUUGGACAUGGAUAGAAAAUAGAUUUGCUGGUAUUCCACCUGUAAAAGGCUGUUCACAUACUGUAAGAGCUGAAAAUUUGUUUUACCCAAAUGUUUCGAAAGCUACUUAUGAUUAUUUUGAGGGGUUAAUUGAUGCUUUUUCAUUUGCUAAAAUUGGGUAUCAAGGAUUAUCAUCUGAUAAUGUCUCAAAUUCUGAUUUUCAAGAUUUUUUGACUAGCAUAGAAAAUUAUUUUAACUAA